GGGCCGCGGCGGCCUUUAAAUGCCGCCCAGGACCGGCACGGCGCGGCCCUCGCCACCUUUCUUCCUUGGGCGGCGACAGCAGCACCCCGAAGAAGAAAGCAGCGCCGACUGGGCAGCCGCGGUCCGGGUAGCAGCGGCCACCUCCAACCUCCAGGCCAGCGCUGCCUCUCUCUCCCCUCCCCCUCCUCCCCGGUCCUGCCUGCCGGGUCGGCGCCGGGCUCCCGGCGUGCGCGCGCGCGUGCCCGCGUGUGUGUGCGCGCCCGAGCCAGCCUCGGACCCGCGCCCCCGCCCGGCGCAGGACCGCCCCGGGAUCCCCGCCCGCGCGCCGCGUCCCACGUCCCCAGCCGCCGGGCCGCCAGCCGUGCGCCCCGCCGCGCUGUGCAAGAAGAUGGCGGGAUCGGUGGCCGACAGUGAUGCCGUGGUGAAACUAAAUGAUGGGCAUUUAAACAACUCCUUGGGCUCUCCAGUUCAAGCCGACGUGUACUUCCCACGACUGAUAGUUCCAUUUUGUGGGCACAUUAAAGGUGGCAUGAGACCAGGCAAGAAGGUGUUAGUGAUGGGCAUUGUAGACCUCAACCCGGAGAGCUUUGCCAUCAGCUUGACCUGUGGUGACUCGGAAGAUCCUCCUGCCGAUGUGGCAAUUGAACUCAAAGCUGUGUUCACAGACCGGCAGCUACUGAGAAAUUCUUGUAUAUCUGGGGAAAGGGGUGAAGAACAGUCAGCAAUCCCUUACUUUCCAUUCAUCCCAGACCAGCCGUUCAGGGUGGAAAUUCUUUGUGAGCACCCACGAUUCAGAGUGUUUGUGGAUGGACACCAACUUUUUGAUUUUUACCACCGCAUUCAAACGUUAUCUGCGAUCGACACUAUAAAGAUAAAUGGGGACCUCCAGAUCACUAAGCUUGGCUGAUGUUGUUUAAACCACCUCUAUUUCAAAUAGGAUCAGGUGCCACAACUAUCUGACUGGAAGAAAUGUCCUAGCAAGAUCUGGAGACUUAAAAGGAAAACAAAAACAAAAGGCGAGCUUCACUGUCUCUUCUUUCUGUGCAGUUUAAGCCCAAAAUGACAACUUCAGCCGUGGUUUGCCCUUAGGAAGCUGUUGGAACAAAGACACCAAGCCAUUAUUCUGAGAACAAAGUAAUAUGUUUAUGCUGGAUUUUAUUCAGACUAAACUGAAAUGGAUUUGUGAUGAUUUGUGAUUUGGUAGCAAGUUAUUCAUCUUUUCAAAGCAAGAUGAUGUUUGGACACAAAAGUGCUAAAAACUUAACAACAACAAAGAUGGUACACCAAAAUCAACUCAUUUCUGCACUGAAGCGGAAUCGUGUAGCACAACCAACAUUUUAGUCAGGGUAUUUACAUGGAAUGUAGGUUGUUCAAGGUUUGGUUGGUUUUUGUUUUUUGUUUUUUUUUUUUUUUGCACAGCAUAACGUUAAUUCAGAUUUUUAAAGCUUUCUCGUAGUUAUUUAUUUAUGCUCAACAUAUAUAUUAGAGAAUGAUUAAUGUCUCAAGAACAGCAAGUUAUGAACUUUUGAAUGUACAAAUAUCUUAGGUCCGAGGGGGAAAAUUACAUAUUACAAUCAUGAAACAGGUGAAUUUCUACCUUGAACAAUUGAGGCGUAUCCUCAAUACCCCUAAACGUAGAAUUUCUUGAUAUAAAUUGCUGUAAGUGCUUUUGGGAAGAUUUUGCAACAUUUCGAUAAAACUGCUUUUCAAGUUAUUUGAUGAUUAUGUAAAAUCCUAUUUACGUUGCUUUUUCUCCUUACUGUGAAUUAGCACAGUAUUGGCUUCCUUAAGACUAAUUAACUCUUUUCCCUAGAUUUACAUAAUAGUUCAUUAAGUUGUAUUAAACUAAUUGAAAACAUGUAAGAGGUGAUUGCAUAGACAGUUUUUUAAAUGACUAUUAUAUAAACGUUUAAAAGUAUAGUAUGAAAAUGAUUCUGGAAUGCAGUGUAAAGCAGAAGCAAAUGGCCCCAAAUAACUUACUUGGAAAUAAUUUAUAUCAACUUAAGCUGUUAGCUCAUUGUAUAACUUUUGUUUUGUGACCCUCACCAAUAUCCCUAAGCAAUGCCUUUGGAACUUCAGAGUAAAGAAUUCUUCCCACUGAGUUGGCUCUGCUGAGAUAUUAGGAUAAGAUGGGAUCCAGAUUAGUAAAUGAUCCAGUUAGUGUAUCUGAAAGGUUAACUCCCAGAACUCCAGGUCUUUGAGUCCAGCCAAUAGUGUGAAUGCUUCCAAUUAAGCUGUAGGAGUUUCUCUUCACUUGUGGAAUUGAUCAGAUAGCAGAGCCUCUCUAGAAGGAGGCUGCAGUUCUGUAAAUAUCACUACAAGGCAAGGGAUGGUUGGAGUCCUGGGUGCUGGACUUCACAAACUGCGUUGGCCCUGAAGAGGAGGACCCUUGGCAUUGCUUUGGUCAGGUAGUCGGGGGAAAAAGGGGUGCUGGGGUGGGGGUGUAUUUAUAUAUAAUUUAGGUUUUGUUUGUACAGCAUACUGCGUCUUAUGACACGUCCUUGUCCUGCUUCGCUUUUGAGUUUUUUUACACAACAUGCAGAGGCACUGAAGUGGCCACGUCCUUUUCACGUGUCGAGAAUGUAGACAGUGUUUCAGUACCAAAGUCUAAGAAAAAGCAAACUAAAAUUGUGAAUUUUUUAUAGGUGAUAUAUUUGGAUUCUCCUCAACUUUGAAACUGUUUAGCACAGUUCCGCUGUGUUAUAUAAGAAGAUGCUUUAUCCAGUAAGACUGGCUGAGCGUUGAAAAGCUUUAUGUACCGGCUGACUUCAUCAGCCAUACUCAGCCAAGAGGGGUGUUCUGUGGCUCCAGGUAUUUUCAAGCCUGUGAUUAACUUGUAAAGCCACCAGAUUUUGAAGAGUGUUUGUAGAGAGACUUAAAGGGCACCGUGAAAUAUAUUUGUAGGGGUUUUGAUUCUACUUAUGGUAGAAGACGCCCCUCAGAAGGUUUCCUUUGAGUGUUCAUCCAUUCCCACGCACUGCAUAAUUCAGCAGAAACUAGAGGAGUUGGGAGUGUAACUGAUUGGAAUUGACACUCUGUUCUCCCUACCUAUCAGCUAACCUGUUAGCAGCCAAGCCCUUAGGCAGCUAAGUAUAAAGAUACACUGUUAACCCUUCAUUUCUCUAUGAGGUCAGUGGGAACCUCUUGGUUAAGCCUAUUGGAAUUACCUAAAUGAUGUGAUGGUUUGAUUCAGGUCUAGCUAAAUUGGCAGGGGGCUAAUCCAGCUGCACUAAUCGUUGGCUGUAACUUGGAAACAACGUUCUCAUCCUCUCAUUGGCACGUGAGAUCUAAGGUAGGAAUUCAGGGUAGAAAGUGCAAUUUAAAGCUUCACAGAAAAGCAUUUGGGUAUGUAGGGUGUUAUUUCUGACCAGAGCCCUAAUUUUGCAGUAUAACCAAAACCAAGGAGUAUAAAUAACAGUCAGGCUCUGGGGGAAUAAAAGGCAGGCCUUAGACAAUCUGUCCAUUUCUGCAUCAAAAUUGGAAUGAAUGUAUAUAUCUACUUAAAAGUUAAUAGAAGUGACUUGUACUUUCUGGACUAUCCCAGAAUUGUCUUAAAAUUAUUAUUUUUUUAAAAUUUGAAACCCCAUUUCAAAUCUUGCCAAGCUCAUUUCAAAACCCCCUAAGAGUUCACUCUAAAAUUGAUGGUGAUUUGUUAAAAUGGCAAAUCCUUUCAUUUGUAUUAAGAAAAUAUCCAAAAAGAGGGAGGGAACUCUGUUGCCUUGAGAGAAACAGCCUUGGCAUUUCCCGGCAUUAAUGUAGAAAUAAUGUUCCUAUGAUGACAUUUUUCAAAGAAACACUUUCUUAUUUACUGCGUGGUGUAAAAUGUUGCUAAAUGUGUUCUUACAUUGUGUCACUGCUGAAAGUUAUUUGCACUAUAAUAAAGGAAUUUUCUACAAAGUGGUUUCCAGUUUAUAACAUGCUAAAUUUGGCACCAGGUAUGAUGUACUAAGCAUAGACCAUGUGGUAUGGCAGUGUUCCCUCCCUUUCACACUCGUACUCCAAGUGCAAGACCACUUGUUCGUGUGUGUCCCGCACUGAUAAGCUGACCAAGGGAAGGAAAGUGUCUCAGGGCCGUCAGAGACCUAAUGAGUUUAUGUUGUGUAUGCACUGGGUUUUUAAAUGUAAUUUACAUACAGUAAAUUCACUUUUUGUUGUACAGUU